CAGUGUUUAGAGGUCCUGCCUGGCGGUAGUGGGCCAAAAUGAAGUAUUUGUUCGUGGUUUUGAUAUUUACGUUCAUUUUACAUGUCAAUGGCGGGGAAGUUUUUGAUAGAGUCAGUGGAAAAAUAGUUCCUGAAGCUGAUUGUGCAAGACAAUGUUCAAUCGAGGUGAAACCAUGCACUCCUCAUGAGGGUAGUCGGAUCGAUGGCACGUGCAACAACUACAAGCACCCAACUAGAGGGUCUGCUAAAGGACCAUACUUGAGGCUACUCAAGCCGGAAUAUGGACAUAUGGGGGGUCUUCGGGAAACCAAGCAUGGAGAGCCUUUACCCUCAGCUCGGAAGGUCAGAACAGCCUUGCAGUCCAACGGCCGAGUUGUGGAUAAAACCUUCAACUUGGCAGCUGCUGCCUUCUUGGAGUUCAUCAACGUGGACAUCAGUUUAGUCACUGGCCCGUUGGACUACCUCCGCGAAAGAACCUACUGCUGUUACCCAGAAGGCGCCAAUGACCCUCGAUGUGACCCCAUACCCAUUCCCGACGAUGACCCCUACCUCCGAGUCACAGGUUUACACUGCAUGAACUACUCCAGGAUCGAAACCUUCCAAGACAAUGGCUGUAUACCUAAAGAUACGCUACCAGAGCAAGUAAACAAUCAAACGCCUUUGCUAGAUCUGUCAACAUUUUACGGAGUAGACGAGGAAGCCCUUAAGGCCAUCCGGAUGUUUGAACAUGGAUUACUAAGAGAGGAAAAGAGAGGAGGCCGCCACGUGCCGUUAAAUGAGACGGAAGAUGUCUGCUUUCAGAACAGAGGGCCUGACCCUGUUUGUUAUAAGUUUGGUUACCCAGAAGCUGGCAACAUAGAUCUGCCCACAACAAUCAUAACCAUUUACUUCUACCGGGAGCACAACAGGAUCGCACGGGAGUUGGGCAAACUGAACCCGUGCUGGAAAGACGACAGGCUGUUCAAAGUGGCGCGCCAGAUCAAUAUUGCGACUGCAUCGAACAUAUUCUUGUAUGAGCUCUUACCUGUGCUGAUGGGGUACAAACAUUUGUUGCACAGCGGCCUUAUAUCCAAAAACGUGGAGUACGUAAAUGCAUACGACGAGAGCUUGGUGCCCCUUGUGUUCGCGGAGUAUGAACUAGCAAGACGAUAUUUCCAAACUAUGUGGGAUGGACGGAUCAAGAAGUAUGACGAGAAAUACCACUACACCGGACAGUAUUCGUUCAGCGACACUUUCUUCAGACAAGAGCUCAUUGAAGAAAAAUCCAACUUUGAAGAGAUGAACCGUGGGCUGUUCUACCAAAAAGCAGCCAGUAUCGACGAUAUACAGGACCCUAAUCUUGCUGAUAAGUACUAUGGAGAACUGCUCAAAGCUCAUGAUCGACCUGCAGUAGAUAUACAGAGAGGAAGAGACCUUGGUCUGCCGGGCUACAUCAGCUACAGACAUAUAUGCGGUCUAAGCCCAGCUAAGAAGUUCCACGAUCUUUUGGAUGUGAUGAGUCCUGAGCGGUAG